ACACCCAGCGCACACGCACACAAAGAGACUACCGCACGAACCGAACGGUUCCAUGCACCAACACUGAGUUAGUAAGUCUCACACUGCAGUUCGGAUAAGAGUGUGAGGCCCACUCCACAUAAAACGAAACAAUUUUUUUUUUCUUUAUCAUUCCGUUCGUGUUCGCGUUUUAAGUCUUCCAUCGCUGUUAAAAGUCUUCCAAUAUCUUUUCCUAACUUAACAUACAUAUAACGCGCUUACCAAAAAAAAUUGAAGAACACGUGUUUUGUGUUUAAUGUCAACUACCUACCUAAAUUUUAACGUGAUCUGGUUUUUGACAUUUUCGGUGUGUUUAGUGUCGAUUUUUUCUCUUGAUUUUUUUGUGGUCUUCCUGUUUGUGAUGAUACGAUGCCUUGGAAUAAACUGAGUUUUGGUGGACAACAACAACAGUGUAAUGGACACGAGGAUUACGAUGACCCUAGAAUUUAUCCCGAUGAAUUGGGUUUGGAUGGGGUGAGCUCAGCCAGUAAUCUUCGUCCUCCAACAACAGAAAUUUUAGCACCAAGAAUCGACAGCUACAGAUUUUCAAUGGCAAAUCUAGAAGAUACUCACAUGAGCGAAUUAGAUUCAAUUUUGGGUGAAUUGAACGCUAUUGGAUCACAAUACGAUAAGGAAAUAUCGCAAGGCCGCGAACAACGUUACUCAGACUCGCAAAAAACGCAACAUCAAUCACGAACGCAUAGCAGAACAUCAUCUGAAGGCCCCCGAUUAAAAUUAGAUGGAAACGAAAGUGAUUCUUUGAAAAAUGAUUCGGGGAGAACGGAUUCGCCGGAUAAUGAUUCGGCUUUUAGCGAUACAGUUUCGAUGUUAUCCAGCGAAUCUUCAGCUAGCUCAGGAGGAAGUGGAUCAAAACCGCACCCCAUGAUUCAAUUGCCUCAAGAUGAAGCAAGCAAAGUUAGGGCCGAAAAAAUUAAAAUGGCAAUGGAAAAAAUUAAGGAAGCCAACAUACAGAAAUUAUUCGUUAAAGUUUUUACAGUGGAUGGAUCCGCAAAAUCUCUUCUUGUAGACGAGAAGAUGUUAUGCGCUUACGUUACUAGGCUUUUAGCUGAUAAGAAUCACGUUAGGAUGGAUCCUAAAUGGGCUAUUGUUGAACAUAUCCCAGAUUUAUUUAUGGAACGAAUAUAUGAAGAUCACGAACGCCUCGUUGAAAAUUUAAUGUUAUGGGCGAGAGAUUCAAAAAAUAAAAUUUAUUUCGUUGAACGUCCUGAAAAAACGUUUCUAUUUAUGCAACCGGAACGGUUCCUUCUGAGCAACUCGGACAGGAGGGAAAACCUCGAUAACGACGAACAUUCCCGCAAUAUUAUGCUCGAGGAGUUCUUCUCGUCGAAUAAAGUACCAGAAGUCGAGGGACCGCUCUACCUCAAAUCUGAUUCGAAAAAAGGUUGGAAGAAAUAUCACUUCGUUUUAAGAGCUUCCGGUUUGUAUUAUUUCCAAAAAGAGAAAGCAAAAUCCGCGAAAGAUCUCGUUUGCUUGGCUACGUUUGAAAACAACCAGGUGUAUUACGGAUUGGGGUGGAAAAAGAAAUUUAAAGCCCCCACUGAUUACGGAUUCGCGAUCAAACACCCAAAAUUACAAGAAGCUAAGAGUUCGAAAUACAUUAAAUAUUUAUGCGCCGAGGAUCAAACUACUUUGGAAAGAUGGAUGGUUGGGAUUCGCAUCGCAAAACACGGAAGGCAAUUAAUGCAUAAUUAUAGAUUGUUGGUGGAAGAGUUAGCUCAAGAGGAUUUAGAUUUAUUGGCAAACGCUAGGAGUUGUUCUGUUAGUUCCAUUGCGGUCCAAUCGACCGUUACAACACCAACACAAGGAUAUUCAGCCAGUGAUGGAUAUGGAACACAAAGCGAAACUUAUUCAACAACCAGUGAGGUUAGUUCCGGAAGACACAGCAGGGCAAGUAGUUCUAGUUCAAGUGGUUGCAUGUCAGAUGGUGCUCCAUCAAGUUGCGAAAAUGCUUUUGAUUCUGAAUUUUCAACAGGUACAAUUAAAAGAAAACCAUCGAUGAAACCAAGUUUACCAUUAACGAGCACCACGAGGCAAUUAAAAGAAGUGGGCGAAACACGAGAUGAAAACGAUAGUACACCGACAGCCGGAAGUCCAGUUUCUUACACAAACACAGGCACCCUCACGAGGAGACACACAAGAAGGAAAUCGAGCAACUCGGGCGACGAUUCGAACAGUAGCACGCUCAAAAGACAGCAUUCUUACAAAAAUAGGGGGUCGAUCGAGUCGAUGGGAAGCAGGAGCGGGACAUCAACCCCUCUUUGCGGGACGCCGGUUAGGGAGAGAGCUUCGCCCUUCGGCGACAAACCCAGCCCGUUUAAUGAAAGACCGCCGAGUUCUAAUUCGGUUAGGAGUCCCGUGAAUUCUAUGGAUGAUAUGCCUUCAUCGAUGACUGAUUCAAUAAUUUCUCUUCCACCACCACCAGAAGUAAAUGAAGACACCAUCAUAACAUCACCAUCUUAUCAAUUACCACCACCACCUCCCGAAUUAUUUAAUUCAACGUUAUCUUUGGAUAGUUUACCGCCACCACCAAAUCCGAACGAUUUGCCACCGUUAACUGGCGGUGAAUUAACCGGAAGUCAAUUAUCAUUGAUGUCUUUGCCUCCACCGCCAAGCGAAAAUGGUGAUACAGGAACGAUAAGGAGAAGAAAAGAAAAUUGUACUCCAACGAAUGGGUUGAGUCCAGAUAGGACUCCCACGGCUGGGAUGUCCCCAGAUCAAACUCCAACUCAAAGUAGGAUAAAUACGCCGUGUUUUAGUCCCGGGGGGUCAACGUGUACCACUCCAACUCAACAGAGUUUCAAUAACGGGUUUUUAAACGAAAACGGUCAUCCCCCAGCGUAUAUUAAUCCACCUCCAUACCGUCAAAGUUCAACAUUACCCGGAUCAUCAGCUUUUAGUAAUAGUAAUGGUUUGAGGUCGUCUUUAAGACAAACUUCGUUACCGCGACAAGUUUCCGUUAAUAGUAUGUCUUCUAAUGUCAGUUCAAAUUCAUCGAAUUCGACGUAUUCAGUUCCUUCGUAUUUGGGUGAUUUUAAUUCUUCGAGAAAUUCCCCAAGCUUACAAAGAAAAGUUAACUUCCAAGAACCUUCGUCUCCAAAGAAAAGUGGUAAAAAAAUCUCGUUUAAUUUAAUCCCGCAAGAAGCUCCGGCUCUCCCAAAAAAACCACCCCCACCUAAACGAUCGGAUAGUACAAAAUUAUCCAGCCCAAAAAAACUCGCCGACCCACCAAGUGAUUUCCUUAAAGAUUUACAAAGAGUGAUGAGAAAGAAAUGGCAGGUUGCGCAAAAAUGCAAAGAUGAACCAUCAACAACUCCACACGAAGUACUUGGAUUUAGGGAUCCCCCCACUUUAUUACCUGAUUAUAAGGAGACCAACGUUUCUAACUGGGUACAAGAACAUUAUGGACCAAAUAAUUUUUACGAAAACGUUUAUAGAGAUAGUACAGAUAACGUAGUUGAAUACGCAACAAGUCCGGUACAUGUUAGAAAUGAUAAAAUUUAUGAUUUCGUUCGUGGUAAAAGACCACCUCCACCGCCUCCGAAACGUAGCGAAUCAACGCAUUUGAGUACGCCAAAAAUGCAUUGAUGCCGCGUGUGUUGAGAUAAUAUUUCGGAAUGUAUUCUUAUUAAAAGUUAAUUUUUGAAUUAACGUGUAACUAUAAAAAUCAAAUUGGAUUAAAAAUGUUAUUAAAAAAAAAUAA